CCUCCCUCCCUCCCUCCCUCUUUCCCUGGCUGCGUCUCGGUCCGCCCGCAGCAGUCUCCUUCCCCGGCGAGCUUUCACUUCAGAGAUGGCUGUGAAAGUGUGCAGAUCAGUCCUCCUGCUGUCCCGUGGCGGGGGAGCGGCGGUAGGCAGCCUCUCCACACUCGUCGCUCCUUCUCCGCAGCACCAGCAACACAUAAGACCGGAGGUACUAUCUGCACCAUUCACUCAUCAUACUGUCAGGAGAGCACACACCCUCCGGUCAGCAGCCCACUCCUCACUCUUCACUCAGCACCCUACUGCCCUGUCUCCUGAGAUUUGGAUGGGCUCAUCUUCAUGGCAUGGCCAGAGAAUGUUGUGUACCCUUCCUUCUUCAGAUGAGGUGACGGUGGUGUACCAGAAUGGGCUGCCAGUCAUCUCGGUUAGUUUGCCAUCAAGGCGAGAACGCUGUCAGUUCACUCUCAAGCCUCUCAGCGAUUGCGUGGGAGUUUUCCUGCAACAGCUCCAAGCAGAGGACAGAGGCAUCGAUCGAGUAGCCAUCUACUCCACGGAUGGAGCCAGGGUUGCCUCCUCCACAGGCAUUGACAUCCUGUUACUGGAUGAUUUUAAGCUUGUCAUCAACGACAGCACCCACCUUGUGCGGCCACCGAGGAGAGAGUUAUUGCCCCAUGAAGAGACAGAAAGGUUGAAUGAUGUAAAGUACUUGGUGCAGCAGCUCUACACCACACUCCGGAUUGAGGAGCACCAACUCAGCAAAGAGCGGGAGCUGAUUGGACGACUGGAAGAUCUGAACUCUCAGCUCCGCCCCCUUGAAAAGGUGAAGCAGGAGCUAAGUAGGAAGGCGGAGCGACGCACUACCUGGGUGCUGUGGGGCGGCAUGGCAUACAUGGCCACCCAGUUCGGCAUCCUGGCCAGACUGACCUGGUGGGAGUACUCCUGGGAUAUCAUGGAGCCUGUCACCUAUUUCAUCACGUACGGCACAGCCAUGGCAAUGUAUGCCUAUUUUGUGCUCACACGCCAGGAAUACGUGUACCCCGACGCUAGAGACCGACAGUAUCUACUCUUCCUCCACAAGGGGGUGAAAAGGACACGCUUUGACAUUGAGAAGUAUAACAAGCUCAAAGAGGAUAUUUCAGAGGUGGAGUUGGAUCUGAAACGUCUUCGAGACCCGCUACAACUUCAGCUCCCGGUUCAACAGCUCAAUGCUGGUAAAGAUUGAUGGGAAGAGUAACGCCUCCCUCUUCUGCUGGCAUAGUCUUUUCUAUCUCUGUCCAACCCCACACAUCCCACUCCCUCCCCGCCUUAUAUAAAACCUGCCCUCUUUUUCAUCUCUCCUGCACCCCCCUCUUCAAGUUGGGAGUUUUUCCUCUUUUUUUUUUUUUUUUUUUUUCAUUUUUACAUCCCUACUGAACCAACUGUUUGGAAUUGCAACUGAAAAUCCCAAGAGAGAAAAACGGUGAGCUGAAGAAGCUCACAGUGAUGGCGGAUUUAAACUUGCAACUUGGCUAUUUUGUUUAGCCUCUGAAUUGAGAGCCUGCAGUGAACUUGAGGUGCAAACAGGAAAUACCACAACCUGACCCUCUAGGUCAUGCCAAGCAAUUUUUGUGUACUAGUUGUGUGAAUGUGUGUGUGUGCGUGUGUGACGUGCAGGCAAAACCAACAUUCGGCAUUCUGUGAGUUGAUCCAACACACACACAGUUACUCACACAUGCAGACAUACACUGGCCGUGAGGGGGGGGCAGGUUCUGAGGUACCUCUCUAUCCCAUACAUUAAACAAGUUUACAAGAAAGGCUCAAGGCGAUGCCAUUUUCCCGUGGCUAAACGCUGCUGGCUCUCCAAACUCUGGCCACGCCUCCUCCAGGUUGACGAACAGCCGUCCUUCCUCAACGUGACCUUUGAUAGGAGUCCAUCGAGAAGCCCGUUUCUUCUUCUCGUUGGAGCCCGGCCUGGGCAAGUAUGAGUACUACCGACAACAACAUCACUGUGUGUUAUUUUAUUCCCAAAAAAUAAAUAAAAUUAAAGUAAUAAUAUUUUGGCACUUUUUAUUUUGAAAGCCAUAGUAUAUUUGUUAUGAAAUUAAUAUAUAAUAAAACUAUAUGUAUACAAUCAAAUAAACCGAAUGACCAGAUGCUAGUUGCUAUCAGUGGGGGGAGGAGCUCGUCGUCGUCAACCCACGCCAUGUACAAUUCAUCAUGUUGUCACAGAGAUAUGAAAAGCAUGAAACACAUUAUUACUUUUAACUCUUAAUGUUCCACUCUAACAAGUUCAAUUUGGAUUUCAGACUCAAAAGUCUUUCAAAUGUUUUCCGAGCAAAACAUCACACACACCACAGUUUGGGUCGAACAUGCGUGAAUUUCCACUCAUGAGGCAAAAUUAAUUAAUUAGCCUCGUUGCGAGCGAUCUCUCCCCACUGUCACUGUUCCACCUCCCUGCUCCCCCCAUGACGAGGCAGGGUAGACUGCAUGCUGUGGUAUCCCCUCAGUAGAAGUUUGUGAAUGUGUAUGUGCGUCAGUCAUUUUCUACUCCAGUGGAAUCUGUUCGUAGCAUCAGAGAAUGAGUAGUCAUUCCCUGAUUGAUUCCGAUUAUGCUUGUAGAAGCCAUAUAUUUUGAAACAAAUGCACCUCUUCUACGUGGUUUUCUUUGCGAUUGGUGGCCCUCUCUGACCCUUUUGUCAAUGCCUCUAAAAAUGCAGAGGAGAAUUGGGGCCACACGAAAAAGGAAAGGGCGGGGGGGAAUAGAAGAUUUACAAUGUUGGCACAUUAACACAAUCACCAGGAUGAACAAUUUAUUGUGAAUGUACACUGGCUGUGCAAGCAGUUAGUAUAUAGAAGUUGUCUAGCGUCUAAUGGUUGCAAACGGCUGCAUUUUUGGACGAGUUCUGUUAUUUCCUCAACUAUAAAUAACUACUUUACCUUUUUUUCCCGUCAUUGUUCCUUUUUUCCUGUGGCCGCAAUCCACCUUUGUACAGCAAGGUCUGUUCUCAUUUUGCACCCCCUGUGAGCAAACGUCAUUCACCACUGCUGAGCAGGAGUGCAGUGGCGACAUCGUCAUGUCAUCGCAUCCUGGGCGGGCGGGCACACGCGUCCUCAUGUGAGCCCACCGUUGACUUAAUCCCAGUGUUUAACUGCAGACUUCCUAUUAAAAUGCAUGUGUUGGGAUCCAAUUAAAAAUAACCCGUGCAGAAAGGAUGGGGUCCAAUCUGGGUGAUCGUGUGUGUGUGUGUGUGGUGUGUGUGUGUGUGUGUGUGUGUGUGUGUGUGUGUGUGUGUGUGUGUGUUAUCUCAAAAGGAAAAUGUGCCUUUUUGGGAUGAUUAAGGAUUUUAACAGUUUUGACAAGGAAGCAAUUGGGUAAAGUGCCAUUGAUUGCCUCCUGCUAGCCGUAGUGUUAACUCGGAAUAUUUGAAAAGAAAAGGCAUGAGUCGAAUGGGCAUGUCGAUGGUUCAAUGAGCCAUCAAAUUCUCAAUGAUGCGAAACCUUUGCCACCAUUGCUGCUUGUCAAUAGUAAUAUAAAAUCGCUUCCAGCCUCAUCCCUUUCAUAUCUGUGGCUGGCCAAUUAUUUUUCUUUCGUAAACACAGUGAAGUUGUUUCCUUGUUGGACGUGAUCUUUGUUGUCAUUUUGCUUAUUAGCUCUGUUUUUUUUUUCCUUCUUUUUAUCACACUGACCGUCAUUUACUUAACCUAGGCCCCCAUAUGUUUGAAAAUUUAAUACAUCAAAUAUAGAGACCUUUAUAUAAAGAGGGUGUUGCAUGACUGUAUGUUUACAUGGCGAAUUAUGUAAAAACAACAAAAAAAGAUUCUUGCAAAAGACGAAAAAAAAAAUGCAAAAAUAAGUAAAGAACCUUGUUUGUAGAGAUUUCUAGCAGUGGACCGGCCUGCGUGUUUAGAAUUAGUUCUGCCAAACUUGUUCCUCGCCGAUCAGCCGUUCUUGACAUUUCGACAACAACCAUUUUCUUUAUUGCAUCGCAUUUAUUCUCAGAGAAUUAGGGUGAAAAGACCAUCCUCCAUUCACAAGUAAAGAAGCUCUUUGGCUGCUGGCCUAACUUCCUAACAUCCUGCUUCUGAUACUAAAGGUAAAUGUCAGGUGGCACACGAUAGCUUUUGGAGGGGGAAACCCAGCCCCUCCACCCCCCCACCACCAACCAGCCCGCUCCUGUCGUCCUCAUUUCCUCUUAUAUGUCCAUAUUACACCCCUUUCUUUGAAUGUAUGUUUUUGAAAUUCUGCGGUGCACUUACCAUAUGUUUAAAAGAGUGAAGCAUAUAUGAGUGAAAUGACCUUGUAUUCCAUUCUGACCGUUUUUUUUUUUAAUUAUUAUUAUUUGUAUUUUUAACUCUCUGGACGUUAUGUUUCUGUUGACAUGAUGCUCUAAUAUUGGCAAAAAGUGUGUAAAAUCCUGUAUCAUUUAUGAAAUAUGUAUGAAAGAAAAAUGUCAUUCAAUUAUCAAUAAAAUCCUUAUCCAGGUUUUGGA